CCGCAGCCGCCGAGCGAGAUGGCCGAGUACUGCAGCCUGCUGGAGGAGCUGGCAGAGAACAUCACGCGCGAGGACCUGGACCAGCUGAAGUCGGCCUGCAAGGAGGACAUCCCCAGUGAGAAGAGCGAAGAGAUCGCCACCAGCAAGGACUGGUUCAGCUUCCUGGAGAAGCACAACAAGCUGGACAAGGACAACCUGUCGUACAUUGAGCACAUCUUUGAGAUCUCCCGGCGCCCAGACCUGCUCACCAUGGUGGUGGAGUACCGCACCCAGGUGCUGAAGAUCUCCGAGGAGGACGAGGUGGACACCAAGCUGACCCGCAUCCCCAGCGCCAAGAAGUACAAAGACAUCAUCCGGCAGCCCUCAGAAGAGGAGAUCAUCAAAUUGGCCCCCCCGCCCAAGAAAGCCUGAGGGGAGGUGGAAGGGGCAGGGGGGAGUCCAGGCCACGUUGCCACCCCCAGCCCCCUCUGCCACCAUCACCCCCCCAGCGGCCCUGCCCCUGCCACCCUGCCCCCCUGCCGCAUGGCCAGAUGGGAGGGGGUGUAGGGAGGGCCGCCUUGGUCACUAACACCGUCUUAACACCUGACACCUGGCCCAGGGGAGCAGGGGGUGGUCUGGGUCCGCUCUGGGUCCGGCUCUGGGGAGGGGGGGUCCCUACCUCUUUCAGCAGAAGCCUGCGCCCGCCCCUGCCCCUGCACCUGCACCCCACGGGGCGGGACCCGAAGCGAAUGUCCCUGAGACAAGAGCCCGGUGGGCGAGAGAGAGGGACAGGGCACGUUGGGAGGGAGAGAGGAGGAUGGGGAAAUGUGGCUGGGGGGGAGGGGGGAUGAGGCUAAAGAGUGGGGGGGCUGCUCCCUACCCAGGCCGCUUGGGCACCCCUAGCCAGCACGCUGCCCCUGGGCACACGAGGGCUUGCACCAUCCCGCUUGCACACCCCUCGCGCACCUGUGAACACAUGUGUUCAUGCCCUGGCACAUGUGAGUGGAUUUGCACAAGGCGGGACGCCGCUGCGCACACCCCCACACUGCACAGUGGCGCACGCACCCCCAGGAGCACUUGCACAGCCGGGCCCUUGCACGCAGGCACGAGCAGCCCCCGUGGGUCAGGAGGGGCUGGGAGGCAGGGGCUGGGUGGGGGAAGGGGCCGGAGCACCCCCUGCCGGCUCCCUGCAUGGCACCAGAGCUGGUCUGGGUGCUGGGCACAGCUGGGCGGGGGGCUGUGGAGGGUGUGAGGCAGAGGCGCAGGCACCGGGCAAGCCGCACAGGGCAGCGGGGUUGAGCGGAGGGAGCAGGAGCUAAGGCAGCGAGUGCGUGGGCUCUUGGCAGUGGGCGUUCGGUUCAGGUCCCCAUGUCCCUUCCCCGGCUGUGCCUGGAGCCCCCCGUCACUGGCCAGGAGGGGCCUGGGCACAGCUCUUGGCGUUAUGGUGGGGACCCCUCCAGGCCAGUGCCUCCAGCCUGGCUCUCACAGGCCCUGGGCUGUGCACGCUCAGUCCAGGAGGGAGGCUGGCAGCACCAUGGCAAAGGCACUGGAUCUUUCAUCAGUCCCACCUGCACCCCACUGCUACCCCCCCACCCUGUCUGCUCUGCCUGGCUCUCGGGUGCAGCCAGUGGGCGCCGAGCUGCUGGCCUUGAUUGGGAAGGUUGCUGGGCUGGGUGCUGUGGCAGCCUGUGCCUUGUGCCCUUGUUGCAAUCAAGGCCUGGCUGUGGCAGGGCAGGUUCUGGUGGGCCUGAGCCCCCCAGGCCAUCCCCUGCCCUCAGGGUUGGGUGGGAGAACCAGGCCUCUGCAGGGGCGUUGGAGGAGGCUGGGGCGCAUGCUCACACCCUGUCGGCACACUGCUCGUCGUGGGGGCAACCAGGCAGGAGGUGGAUGGCUCUGGGGCACUGCCCAGGCAGCAGGGGCGGCUCGUGGGGCUGUGGCAGGGGCUGGAGUUGGGGGCAUCUCUACCCUCUGGUUUCAUGGCCAGGUCUGGAUGGGGUCCACUGGGCCUGUGGGACAGUAGGUGCCUGUGCUCAACCCCUGCCCACGUCCCAGUGACUCCAGCCCGGCCCCAGGGGCUUGGCCCAGGCUGCAGAGCCUUUGCUCUAAAGCACAAACCGCAUCCAUGAGGCUUGAGCUGCGGCUGCCCCAUGGUUGGGCCAGUGCCAGGACCCACAGGGGAGCCUGCAUCCCUUGGCCCCAGGCCGGCGUCUCAGCCAGGGCAACCCGGUGCCUGGCCACUGAUGUGCCCCGGGGAAGACACUGGAACAGCCCUGCUCCCUGUCUGCCCGGGCUGGGGGGAGGGCUCCGCUUUGCCCCCGCCGCACAGCAGGGCCAAGCUGUGCUCAGGGCCCCGGGUCUCCGCACCAUGUAGGAUUGGCCCCGAGGUCCUCCUAGAGGGGUGUGUGUGGGGGGGGUAGUUGGGGUGACAGGCCAGGAACAGGCGUGGUUCUUGGUAACAGCUUCACUAACACGGGGGCGGGGGGUGGGGGGUAGGGCUAGCGAGGGCAUUCCCAGCCUCCGACUGAAGAGAUUGAUGUUAAUAUAUUUUAUUUAAUAAAAGCUCAGAUUGCAGCGUGCAUCGUGUCUGUAGCCAG